CAUACAAAUUUUGAAAAUUUAUUGUAACCAGAGGAUUUAGAUUACGGUAUAAGUUUAUGCUCGAGGACAGUCUCGUCAGCGCACAUAAGCCGCUGUAUGCCGAUGUCGUCCAUUUUGUGUGGACACAAAGCGAGAGAGAGAGAGAACAACGAUUAUGACGUCAGAAUCAUUUGGUCUUCGAUGUCACGCGAAGAUGAUCUGCUAUCAGUCUGAAUGCAAGGCCGCUGUCCCGACGAGCCAUCAAACAAUAAGUCCGACAAAUGAAAAAGGGGGAGGAGAAGCAAAAUUUUGUAUAGACUGCCCUCCAGGGGUGAAGAUAGAACCAGAAAUCCCGAUGUCUUGUGCAGGAUGCACUGACCAAAUUUUAGACAAAUACUAUAUGAAAGUGGACGGAAGAUCUUGGCAUGAAAAAUGUGUUUCCUGCGGCUCUUGUCAACAACCACUCUCAGAUUCCUGUUUCUCGAGAAAUUGUAAACUAUAUUGUAAAGAAUGCUAUAAACAGCUACAGUACUGCUAUAGGUGCUCGGGACCCAUAUCUGGGACAGAACUAGUAAUGCGUGUCAGCACGGACUCAUAUCACGUAUCAUGCUUCUCGUGCGAUUACUGCAACAGGCAGUUGAAUAGCGGUGACCAUUUCCAUUCUCUGGAGGAGUUAGAAAAACGAAAAAUUUGUUGCAAAAUUUGUUACGACAUUGAUGACGUAAGCAAUUUAAGAGUAACUGAAUCCGAUUCUGAAGAAUCAUUGAAUGACAACGAUGUAUUUGGGCCAGGGAUGUAUCCUCCUCCGGCAAGUCAUCCAUUUAUGCCUUCGUCGGCUCCACCAGCGUAUAAUAGACAAUUAUCAGAUUAUCCUCCCGGCUUACCUCAUCCCCACAUGCAAGGAGUUGGGAUCCCUUGCGGUAAAAACGGAAAAUCACCGUCGUCAUCGUCCAUGCUCUCCCCGUCGGACUCCAAACGUUCAAAAAGACCGAGAACAAUACUAACAACAGCCCAGAGAAGAAAAUUCAAAGCUUCAUUUGAAAUUUCACAAAAACCAUGCAGAAAGGUACGAGAAACACUGGCGAAUGAAACAGGACUAACACCAAGAGUCGUGCAAGUGUGGUUUCAAAACCAAAGAGCAAAGAUGAAGAAAAUAGCAAGGCGUCAAAACCAGGGUGAAGGAGGAUCAAGGAGAGGGAAACGGAAGAAGGAUUGUGAUUCGGAUUCUGAAAACGAGGUUCCAUCGAGUCCCGGUUCUUAUACAUCGGCACCGACUCCUCAUCAACAAUCUCAAUAUUACGCACCAGAUCAAUAUCAGUCGCCACGUAGCUUGCAAUCAACUCCAACUCAAGAUGACCCCAAUGUUCCAAGACUAUUCUCACCAGGGGGAUAUCACCAACCAGGUUUCAAUCAUAGCGAGCUCCAAUACCCAGAGGAAUACGAUUCGUCAUCGACACAUCAUUCACAUAUUCAUAUGAAUCCUUCCCCAACCACUUCACAUUCCCCAUCACAGCUAGAGAUGCACGGAAUGCUCUACCAAAGAAUAGGUGGUGGAAUGCUGAAUACUUCAUACGAACACCCACCGCUCGACGCUAUGCAGCACGAUGACGUAGACUUACACAGAAACGAGGCAGUCCCAAUGGUUUUCCAUGGGACCAUUAAUCAAGACCCAUACGCGACACAGAGACACCAGGAUGUGGUCGAUAUAUCUCGGGAGCGCACACUGGUUAAUGCUUCCAGCGCGGGAGUUUCAAAUCCAAUUGACAGUCUGAUGUGCAUGCAAAACAAUUUCUUCACAUCACAUUAACAAACAUGACCUCCAAGUUAAUAAAUGUAACUUUAAAUAAUACAAUGAAAUAGUAUUAUUCGUCAUUAAAACAGACGAAUUAAAUGAAAAUUUUCUAUUUAUUUAAGCAUAUAUAACUACAUAUCUCCUUACCGAACUGGUGCUAGCCGUUGAGAAAAAGGCGGUAAACUUGCGGCCGCCAUCUUGUGAAAACUUUACCUUCGAGUACCAAAGUCUUGAUUAGCUUACUGUGACAAAACAAUUCAAUCCUGCUCGACGACCCAAAGUAUAUCGUUUUAUGCGAUAAUCAUCGUCAAAUUUUAUUUAUACUUUAUUAACGUUGUUGUGACUUGAGUUAUCUAUGUAGCUUUGAGUUCAGGAAUAUAAACUUUCAAAAAGAAUACCAAUUGAUAUAAUAAAUUGAUAAAGUAGCACGAUGCGCUACUGAACCACAAUUGUGUACACUAAAUCACAUUCAGAGUUUACGGGUUGGUCAUAAUAACAUGUCACAACGUGCUUCGUGUUGUUAGCUGGCAUCAUGAGGUGCCCACUUUCGACUCCGUACAUACAAAAGAAAUGUAAAAAAUCCACAAUUUUGUAGACCAUUUAGGUAUUCAAUUCGUUGCUUAAACGUCAUAAUGACUAUAGACUGUUACUGGAAACUUGCUACAAGUUUCACAACGUAACCGUCAAUGGUUUACCUGCAAUAUUUGCAGUGCACCGGUUUUGUGUAUCUUUUCCCUAUUUGGUAGAACCAUUAAUGCAACUUAGCAAAGUCGAGACACAUUCAUCGAAUACACAUGUUGUAAAAAUAAUUUUUUUUUAUAAAUCAAUACAAGAACGAAAUUGCCUAUCUUCUCAUUGUUUUCAAAAGGUGAACCUAAGAUAUUUUAAAUGUUUGUCA